AAGAAACGGGCAGCAGCAGCAGGAGCUACCCCCAGCACUUUGCAUUGGUAAGUUGUUGAAGCUAAAUCAAUCUAUCAAUCAAUCUUCUCUUCUUCUUCUUCUUCAGUUGGAUCUGCCGGUUUCAAACACUGAAUGAAUGGAUGAUAAUUGAUCUACUUGCUUACAUGGAUAGAUAGAAAUAAAAAUAAAAAUCAAAUGGCCACCAUAGACAUAGAAGGACUCCUAAAGGAGCACCUGGAUGAUGAAGAGGGGCGUGUCCCCAAGACUAAGAUCGUUUGCACUCUGGGACCUGCUUCUCGAUCCGUACCCAUGCUCGAGAAGCUUCUCAGAGCUGGCAUGAACGUUGCUCGCUUCAAUUUCUCCCAUGGCACCCACGAGUACCACCAGGAGACCUUGAACAAUCUCAGGAUUGCUAUGCAAAACACCAACAUCCUCUCUGCUGUCAUGCUCGAUACCAAGGGACCUGAGAUUCGUACCGGUUUCCUGAAAGAUGGAAAACCUAUUCAGCUGAAGGAAGGUCAGGAAAUCACCAUCACUACUGAUUACAGCAUCAAGGGUGACACAGACACGAUCUCCAUGAGCUACAAAAAACUGCCUGUGGAUGUCAAGCCUGGGAAUACCAUAUUGUGUGCAGAUGGCACCAUCACCCUCACUGUCUUAUCUUGUGAUCCCCUGGUUGGAACUGUCAGGUGCCGUUGUGAGAACACUGCGGUGCUUGGCGAGAGAAAAAAUGUUAAUCUUCCUGGCGUUGUAGUAGAUCUUCCCACACUGACAGAGAAGGAUGAGGAAGACAUUUUGGAAUGGGGUGUUCCCAACAACAUUGAUAUGAUUGCCCUUUCUUUUGUACGCAAGGGCUCCGAUCUUGUUAACGUGCGUAAGGUUCUUGGGCCCCAUGCCAAGCAGAUACAGUUAAUGUCAAAGGUUGAGAACCAGGAGGGAGUAAUUAACUUCGAUGAGAUCUUGCGUGAGACUGACUCCUUCAUGGUUGCUCGUGGUGAUCUUGGACUGGAGAUUCCAGUUGAGAAGAUUUUCCUAGCACAAAAGAUGAUGAUAUACAAGUGCAAUCUUGUUGGCAAGCCUGUUGUGACUGCUACUCAGAUGCUCGAGUCUAUGAUCAAGUCUCCUAGGCCAACCCGUGCGGAAGCAACUGAUGUUGCUAACGCUGUCCUCGAUGGCACUGACUGUGUUAUGCUCAGCGGAGAGAGUGCAGCUGGGGCCUAUCCAGAGCUUGCAGUCAAGAUAAUGCGUCGAAUUUGUAUUGAAGCAGAAUCCUCCCUUGACUAUGGUGCCAUCUUCAAGGAUAUGAUAAGAUCAAUUCCACUUCCUAUGAGCCCAUUGGAGAGUCUCGCAUCCUCGGCUGUACGUACUGCUAACAAGGCCAAAGCAAAGCUCAUUGUGGUGUUGACACGUGGUGGGACCACAGCCAAAUUGGUUGCCAAGUACCGGCCAGCUGUCCCAAUCCUUUCCGUGGUUGUUCCCGUACUGACUACCGAUUCAUUUGACUGGGCAUGUAGUGAUGAGACCCCUGCAAGGCAUAGUCUGAUAUAUAGGGGCUUGAUUCCCCUUUUAGCAGAAGGAUCAGCCAAGGCCACGGAUGCAGAAUCUACAGAGAUGAUUUUGGAAGCUGCUCUCAAGUCAGCAACAGCGAGGGGGUUGUGCAAGCCUGGUGAUGCGGUUGUUGCACUUCAUCGCAUCGGAGCUGCCUCUGUUAUUAAAAUAUGCAUAGUGAAAUGAGCAGGUAUGUGCAACAAAGUGCCUUAGACACGGCCAGAGAGGGCAUCAAGAUGGAAGUUUAUUGCUAGCAUGGUAUCUCUUAUGCUCGUGCUUCUUGUGGACGGUUAUUGGAGAAUUGGAUUAUUUCCUUUUAUCUUGCCUGAGUCAUUUAUCCUGCCUGAGUCAUGUUAGGUGGUACUCUUAUCUCCGUUUAGAUUAGGCAGGUAGCAUAUAUAAAAUAAGCAGCAGAGCCCUUCAACUUUCUUAUAAAGACUACCUCGUUGCUUCUUGUUGAGCAGUACAUGCUCAAGAUUAUGAUUUGGAUGAAGCGAUAACGCAUCUUCCGGCAGAA